GACAACUCAAACAAAAAUAGUCGAACAGCUGAUAGUAGUUGUUUUUGCGCAGUUCUCCAGAUUGUCUAAUUGGAAAAAUUGCAUUUAAAAGUUUUAAACAUCAUUAAAAUGAAAGCAAAACAAGUCCCACGUUGAGUUUGAAAUAUAUGAAGUAUAUAAAUUGUGAAAAAUUACGCUUUUUUCUACUAUAAGUUUGCGUCAUCACUCCAUAGACAGGGCAAACAAAACAUCAGCUAUACCUGGGUAGGGGCUUCACCACCCAAUACGCAGUGGAGCUCAGUGGAGAGCGAUGAGCUUACGUUGCCAAUAAUCAGAAGAGAAAAAGACUUUGAACUGUGCAGUGCAAGCGAAGCGAUUUUCACAAUAUUUGCUAAAUAUCGUCAUCGGAAAUUUUUUAAUUACACAAAAAAGAAAAUAGAAAAUAACAAUAAAUACAUACAUACAUAUGUUUAUAGUAUAACCAAUUUUAACAAAUGCCGAAAGCACAAUAAAAAGCCGUGCUAUAUAAAGUUAAUAGAGUGCUUUGUUUUUUGCGAAAUAUGCAAUUAUUGAAAGCGUAAAAUAAAUUGUGAAACAACAAAAAAACGUAAAAGAUAUAAUAUAUCUGUGUAUAUGUGUUAGUUGCAACAAAGAUAAAAAAGUACGCUGGUUAAACGUGUGUGCUGUUGAUUGGAUGGUUAUUCAAUUCGUAUAUCAACCAUCAAUUAGACAAAUUUAUUUGUGAUAAGAGUGCACGGCCGCUUGCACUCUUACGCGGUGAAUCAUUUCGAGUUUAAUAUAUUCUUGCGAGAUUUCUUUAUAUUCGUGCUAAUUAGUAUAGUCUCGCAUUAGGUGAAAGUGCAAAGUGUUUGUUCAACACCUGUGUGUUUUGGAAAUAAAUAACACAAGGCAACCACUAAACUGGAGAAGUGGAAGAGAACACGCAGCUCAACGAAGAAAAUGGACCGCCAUAGUAAGGGGAAUGGGAGUGGAGGCGAUGGUGGCACGCCAGACAAGCCAUCUAUUUUGGAAGGCAUUUUGCACAACCUUUUCGAAGGACUAAUCGACAAGGAUGAGACCGUGCGCACGGCCAUUAAAAGUUCGCUCGUAAAAAUACUGGAGACACAUCCGGCGCGCGCCGUCGACACACUUGUGGAGUAUCGCGAGAAGAAUCCGAAGUUGCCGGAACAAACAGUUAUCAUAUUGCUAAAAGCCAUCGAGCGUGUGGUCAACUCAGACACACCAAUUCCCUCGGAGGCGAAUAAGAAACUCAUUACUUUGGCAAUUGAAGAGCUGACGCGCUCGGCCGAUCAUCAGCCACUAAUACAAGAACACGCGCUCACCAUACUAGUGGCCAUCGGACGUAAUAACGAAUGCAAGGCGGUGAUGGAAGCGCUAAUGGCGCACACCAAAGAGGGUGCUGUGGCGCAUUUCAUGAUCAUGCAGUGUCUGGGCGCCAUGGCAACGGCUAAUGUAGCUGGUGUGGUGCCUUUCAUCAAGCCAAUACUAGCAACCAUAUUGCCUAAUCUGGGUGGCAUCAAACAUGAUCACAUCAAGCAGGCGCAUGCCUAUGCUCUCGGUCACUUCAGCGAAGCGCUGCUCGAGCAGUCGACGGCACAUGGCGCAGCUGCUGCUGAUAGUGCCACCACUGAAGAAACACAGUCCGCGGAGGUUCAGUCAGCAGAAGCACCAACGGAUUGCAGCACCGAAAUCUCUGUGGCCUACGAUGUACUCUUCAACCAGUGGCUGCAUACGCGUGAGCCCAAAGUUUGCGUAGAAAUUUUGCAAGCGCUAUCCUCAAUGUAUCCGCUGUUGCCGGUGGAUAAGAUACAGGAUCAGUCAUCGCGUCUGAUACCGCAAAUACUGGCGCUCUAUCGGCGUUCCAUUGAGCGCAAUUCGGUCACGCAAUUUCUCUCCUCGGUGUUGAAAACCAAUAUCACAGUGCAGCCUUCACUUUUAGACCCCGUAGCCGAACAGUUAAUAUCGAAUCUCUUCGAUUUGGUUUGCGUUUUCCCCGACUACGAGAAGCCUCAGACGGUUAAGGGUCACUAUGAAGUGUUGCGUUGCUUUCAUCUCCUCUCCGGCAUUUAUGCAACGAAAAUUGUCGACACCCUUCUCAUACAUUUGCGCAAUAAUAGCGAGCGCGAUCGCAUUAAAUCACUGCUAAUACUCACACAUCUUAUGAAUACGUCCACGGCGAAUAUAGGCGAUAAGCUGCAGGGCUUCUUGGAGUGCCUCAAACCAAUGAUACUCUCGGAGAAAGGCAUCAAAAUGAAGAUGACGCUGCUGAAGGCAAUAGUGGCGCUCUCGCAGAAGGGCUUCAUCAAGGAGAAGGAGUUCGUCUGGUUUGUGGUGCGUUACAGUUGCAAAUACGCGAAGGUCAACCAAGAGCACGGCUCUCUCGAAGAGCACGCCAACUUCGUGUUGUCCUGUGAGAAUUCGCUCUUCAUGCUCUCCUCCACGGCCGGCACCAUGGAUGAGCUGUUGAAGCGCGAACUCUUGAACUAUUUCGUCUUGUUGGACUACACCGACGUCUGCUCGAAUUUGGCCAAGUGUCUGGGCAGCUUGUUCGCCAAAUCGCCAAAUAUCGAAUAUGAGAUUGCCGCCGACGAUGAGGCAGAGGAAAAGAAAGACGCCGCUGGCGAAGAGCACGCCAAGGAGGGUGGUCAUACGAAUGUUAAAAGCGGCAAGAUUAUUGUGCCGUGUCCGGAGUCCAUAUUUGCGCGUUGUCUUGCACUGCUCGGCAAUUUCCAUAGCAUAAAACGCUCUUCGAACAUUUUGACAUUCUUAAAAUACUAUUAUCCGCAUUUGAAUCCUGAGCUGAAUACGCUCUGGGACAAGCAUAUACCCGAUCUGAUGCUGCACAUCAACAAGGAAUCCGUUUUCUCACGCAAACUCAUCGAGUUCAUAAGCGAGACCGUUGAGUACCUGAAUACGCGCGAUGAAAAUUUCGCCGAACGUUUGGUGAACAAAAUCUCCGACCAAAUGAAUCUCUAUCCCAUUACCACACCGCACCUGGAAUUCGUCAUGCCCACCAUGACGACUGAGCGCGGCAUGCUAAUGAAAUCGCUCGCCUUGGCGCUGUGCUUUGUCACCGAGCCGCAGACUGUAAAUGCGAAAAUCGACUCGAUCAUCACCGCAGCGCGCCAGGAGAAGCUCGACAAGCACAUAAAGCAUGCCGAGUACGAGCAGAAAAUUGCGCCAUGCGCGCUCGCAUUGGGCUACAUCUCACGCAAGCACUUAAUGCAUCUCAUCAAGAAGUUAGCGGAGCUCGCGCACAUCGGCGGUCGUAAGCAUUCGACGGGUUUCUUCAGCAAUCUGCAUUUCAUCAAGGAUACACAUAAAGAGCAGGAAUUGUACAAGACGAAUUUGCUGGUGAUUAAGUCGUUCGGACACAUUUUGGAUGAGUCGGAUCCCAUGCAAUCGCUGCAGAACCUCGAUGAUACAAUACUCAACUUUCUGAUACUGCAACUGACUGGUACUAAGGAUCAAACCAUUAUGUCGGCCAUACUGAAGACGCUACUGAGCAUCUGUAAUCAGAUCAUUGCAACUAAGGAGGAACUCACCGCGCCACUCAAGUACCGUAAACAGAUAAUGGAGGCCGUGUUUAGCAUACCGAUUGAGGCGCCCUUUAACGAUCUGCCGCUGCUGCCGACAAUUUUGAAACUCGGCACGGAUUUCAUACGCAUUGGUGGCGUCGACCCCACAGAGUCUGUCGAUGGCAGUGUCAUCUUCGAGAUUGCUUGUAAGAAUUUCUUUACAUGCGCUCAGCAUUUAAAAAUCAAAUUCGACUCACCUGAAGAGGAUGAGCGCAAUAGUUUUCUGGCAAAACAUUUAAACGAAUCGCUUCCGGAAUUGAAUGCGCUCGCCAAGGCGAUCAUAGAAACGGAUCCCUCACCGUCCACGCUCGAUUUGAUCAUAUCGAUUUUGGAGACAUGGACCCGGGAUAAAAACUCUGAAGUGCGUAUAUGUGCAUCGCAUGUUUUCAAUAACGGUCUGGAGGUGUAUAUAAAAUCAAUGAAGAUCGGCUGUGAGGCGCCGUCGAAAUUCAAUCAGACCGGCCAGAUGUUGGGUAAAAUCGUGCCACGCUGCAUCGACUCGAAUGGCACGGUGCGUCAGGUGUCCGUGGACAUUUUGCAGAAGACACUUGAAAUCUCUUGUAUCUAUGAGACGCUAACGAUUGCCGAUAGCGAAACGGAUUGGGUGAAGGAGAUCGAUUUGGUGAAGGAGCAGAUUAUAACCGAUGAUCCGAAGUUGAUCUACAAUUUGGCCGGCGAAAUUGCGAAAAUCAUCGCACUGCGUAUGUCCAAUUUUCAGUAUUUACAGUUUUGCAAAACCUUGCUACAAGGUUUACGGGACCCAGAGCAGAGCUCUUCGAUUGGAGCUUCGGUGGUAUUGAAAUUUUUCAUCCAACACAAAGGUUCUGAAUUAUUCCACGCCAUACCGGAUCUCGUAAAGGACAGUUUGAGCGCUGUGCGUGACUGUGAAAUCAAUCGUGCGCGUUCGGGUGUACUAAAAGCGCUCGUAGCGUUGACGAAACAUCAUCCGAAGCUCGUGUGCUUCGAAAUGCUGACACAGCCCUUACCGUAUGAGAGCAACAUUGUCGAAUACUGGCAUCUCAUUGCCAACGACUCCGAGCUGACCGCUGCAUUGCUGGAGAAUUUCCUACAAAUACUAAACUCUUCGUGUCUCUACGAGCCGAGUGAGUCGACAGCAAGUGAACGUCAGAAAAUCGCCAGCAUACAACCAUUCGCUAUUUUCUGCGCGCUUAAAGAGAUUAUGCCCUGCAAGGAUAUCAAAGAGGAAUUGCGUAAGAAGUUCCCCGAACUCUUCACCAUGCUCCUAACCUCACUGGCUACCUACACGAACCUCGCGGCACCCAUGCAUACCGGCGGUCAUUCGCCAACCCAACAGGGUACCAACGCCUCUACCAGUUCACUCGCAACGGCCGCUUCGUCCACGAAGUCGAAGUUCGGUUUUGUGCCGAAUAAAGAUCUGGUCAAAUUGAAUCCCUGUCAAAUCGUAUUGGAUACAUUUCAAGCAUUCCUUGGCAAUUUGGAGAUGGAACAGAUAGCUACAGUGCUCACAGUGCACACGCAGCUGGCUAACAGCACCGACUUGAAGAACUAUAUUGAGCUGCUGACACCCAUAGCCAUCGGCUUGGUCAACCAAUUGGAAAUCUCAUCGAGCACCAUGAAGCAGGUCGUCACUGCGUUGAGCAAAUACGUCGCAUCGCCAUAUGAUGGACAACGCAUUGCGGCGGUGGGGUUAUUCUCACGUCUGGUACCACUCAAGCCAUGCGGUGAGAUAUCUUCGGUCAUUAUGUUGCACUUGAGCUCGGCGCUGAGUGAUCCGAAUGCGGUGGUGCGUGGCUUGAGCAUACAGGGUUUAGGUUAUGUGGGUAAUCUGACGGAGCAUGAUAUUGAAAAGUAUACGGAAACGGCAGUCACCGCAUUGCUGAAGGGCAUCGAUGAUCCCGUGAGUGACUGCCUCAUAAAUAUUCCGCUCGAGAGCAUGCGCGGCUUAGCACGCAUUUUACAAACGUUGCCCAGUGAUCGCUUGGAGUCUUUUCAUGUCUCUCUCGCUAUACGCAUACGUCCAUUCUUCGGCAGUUAUUCCAUCGAAAUACGCGAAGCAUCCAUCAUACUCUUCGGUGAUCUCUGCGAGUCGAAGAAGUCUUAUGAGCGAGACGGCAACAUAUCGCCGAAUGCUUCAUCCACCGAGGCUUUACGUGAGCAGUUGAUUGCCAAUCUCUUUCCUAUACUGCUGCACUUGAGCGAGGGCGAAGCGGCUAUUAUACGAGCUUGCAAGGGCACUUUGCGCAAAGUUUGUGGUUUAUUGAAUGCGCCGAAAGUGAAUGAGAUGGCUCAGCGUCACCUCAUCGAUCACGGCCAGUUGAAUUAUGGUGUUUUCAUUGUGGAUUUUGUGAAACUAAUUGCCAUGGAUUUACCCGCGCAUAUACAAGACUUUAUUGACUCGGCCAUACCGAAAUUGCGCAGCCAAUGGGCCGAGGUGCGUGGCAGCGCCGCCAUUGUUAUAGGUAUUUUACACAAUUUCCUGCCGGAGCGCAAUAAUCAAACCGAGUCUGUGGGCAAUAAGCUGGCUGUGCUGCUAAAGGAUGAAAAUCAUUUUGUACGCGUGAAGGCCGCUACCGCUUUAGGCUAUUUCUUUGGUGAUAUUUGAAAAGAGAAAACCGUUGGCAAUGCAGCUAACGCUCGGUAGAAUACAACACUUGUGUUUGUUAGAAAGCAAAAAGUUGACUAAGAAAUAGCAAAAGUACCUAAAGGAAAAUUAAAGGGCAGUACGAAAACAUUUUGAUGUGAUUACAGAAUGUUAGGUUAAGUUAUAUAUUAUUAGUUUAUAAAUUAACUAUUACUCGUAUUUAUAUAUAUA